AUGUGAUGCGUGUUUUCGUCGUUUGGCGCGCGCUUCGACAUUCGCCUACAAAAUCGAAUCAGCUGCUUGCACCAAAAGUUACUGCUUUUGCAUUAAAAUUACAAAAUUUCACACCCAAAUAACUUGGCCAUUUCCUAAGCUAUUUCCAUAAAUUUUAUCUCAAUGGAAUCUUGAAUUUUUCCUCAAUAUUUUCAUAAAAUUUUGACAAAAAUUUGAUUCCGUCUAGUGUGCGAAAUUCGUGUGUUAAAAAUUGAAUGUUCACAAUUUUUAUUCCUCGCCAUUUUGACUUAAACGCGCUGUGUGGUGGGCUCUUGUCGUCUUUUUUUUUGGUUUUUCUCUUUAAUUUUGAUUUUUUCACUUUUUGUAAAUUUUAAUUUUUGCCCCCUUUAUGAAUGAUUUGUAUUAAAUUUCAAGAUCAUUGCUUGGGUCCACAUUUCCAAGAUUGAAUUAGACAGAAAUUAAUCAAGUGGACUGAAGAGUUUUUUGAGACUUCGUCGGCGACGGCGGUGGCGGUAAGGUGUUUUUUUUUUAUUCAUCUACGCUUUCGAAAAGCCUUCUCUGCUCUAAAGAAAUUCGGGCGGCACAAAUUAAAACCGAGAGUUGGGAAAAUUGUUAUGGCACAUUCGGGGGCAGAUGAAGUAAAUUAUUUUGUCCAAGACGAACAUGGAAAAUUUCUGAAGAUCCUCAAGAAUGUGGAAAUUAAACAGGAGCAUGAUUCUAUGAGUUCCAGCAGUGCUGUGUACUCGAAUCUGGGUUCCAGCAUGGGAGGAGGCUACACCCAGCUGGACGGGUCGAAUCAGUCACAUUUUGUUAAAAUGCAUCACAACAACUACACACAACCUGCGGAUAAUGAAUUGACAUAUACGGUGAUAACAGCACAAGGGACUUCCGACCGGCAAACACCAACAAUUAAAUAUGAGACAAAUUCUAUAAUAAAAUAUGAGGCCCCACAUACGCAAACUGUCAUUAAAACCGAAAGGAAGGCUCCAAAAUACAUUGUUAAUAGUAGUCAACCCACACAUUAUAAAUCAAAAGCUCACACGAGCGCACAGUCAGUACAAAGAAAACGAAAACCAGAAAAAACUGGUAAAGGUUUAAAGCAUUUCUCAAUGAAGGUUUGUGAAAAGGUCAAAGAGAAAGGUACUACAACUUAUAAUGAAGUUGCCGACGAACUUGUGGCCGAAGAGGUUCAAAAUCAAACCAACGAAUCGACAAACUGUGAUCAGAAAAACAUCCGUCGUCGGGUGUACGAUGCCUUAAAUGUACUGAUGGCAAUGGAUAUUAUUGCGAAAGAUAAAAAAGAAAUACGUUGGAUUGGUUUGCCUAAAAAUUCCGUUGAGCAAUAUUCAGCGUUGGAGCAGGAAAACGCAAAAAGGAGAGAACGAAUCGAAGCCAAACAGCAACAACUUCGUGAGUUGUUACUGCAACAGGUUUCAUUUAAAAGUCUUAUGGAACGCAAUAAAGAGGCUGAACGGCAAGGUAUCAUUCCAACACCGAAUUCCUCAAUUCAAUUGCCUUUCAUUAUUGUAAACACGCACAAAUCUACGAAAAUCAAUUGCAGCGUUACAAAUGACAAAUCUGAGUACAUAUUUAAAUUUAAUGAUAAAUUUGAAAUGCAUGAUGACGCAGAGGUUUUAAAGCAAAUGGGUUUGCUUUUAGGUCUGGACAAAGGUACAUGUACGUACGAAGAUAUUGAAAAGGCUAAAACGUUAGUUCCCCCCAAUUUUGGAAAAUAUAUAGAAGCUUACGGUCGAGGUGAACCUAUUGAUUGCGAUUCCGACGACGAAAUGCAAUAUAUCGAACAAGAAUAUAUUACCAGCGAUUCUAUUGGUCUAUCAAGAACCAGAGAACAAUCGGCAGAUCUCGACGAUGACGAUCUCAUAGAGAGCGACGUUGACUGAACGAGCUAUAGUGCACAUUACUAGGGUGCAUUGGGUUGUUGGAUGCGAGAUUAAGGAUCGAACAACGAUCGAAUAAAAGUGAGAGAAGACGAUGACAAACUAUCCUCAGUGUUUGCAAACAUUGAUGUAAUAUGCGUUCAAUUAAACAGUUAAACAAAAAAAAGAAUAAUAAAUGUGGAGACAACGCAAAUGUUUGCAAAUUUAUAUACAUUUAAAAUAGUAAAACAAAACAAAAUUAAAAUAAUAAUAAUCACAUUGUUAUUGUCAUUACAUCAACAAAAAAAAUCUUAAAUAUUUUCCUUAAAAAUUAAUUUGUUUUCAUCCUAUACCUAAUUGUUUUAAUCUUUAUAACUAUCAUUUUAUUUAAACUUCCUUCUUACUUUCUUUCCCAUCUUUAAACUAAAAAAAAAACUGUAUUCAAAACAUUUGAAGUUGUUAUAAAGUAGCUCUCAGCAUUUGAACAAUAUUGUUUAAUAUUCUAUUAUGUUUUGUUUCUUGAGAAAAAUAACAACUGAUUUUUUUAUAUAGUUCUCUAUUUUAUUUAAAUUGUUAAAUAUUGAACAAAAUUUAAAUUACGUACAUGCUUGUUGUGUAUUUGAAGAAUUAAAGAAUUUAUUUUGGAGUUGUGCAUUAUAUUUUUUUUAUUUAUUUAUUUUGAACAGCUGUUUGAUAGCAAAAGAAAAACAAUUUUUUUAAUCCGAUAUAUAUACAGAAAUAUAUACAAACAAUUUUAUAUAGAAUUUUUAUUUGUGUCCUUAAAGGCUAUUUUAUUUUAUUUCCAUAUUUAAGAAUUCGUUAAAAUAAUACAAAAUUUGAAUUUUUUUUCAGACCAUACAUAUAUAUUGUAGUUAUACAAAUUUUAUAUAAAUUUAAAAAAAGGUAAUAAAAUACAUAAGACAAUUUUUAUAUACAUUCGAUGUAUUCAAAGAAAAAUGUUUGUUUAUUAUAUACAAACAAAAAGUAUAUAUAUAUAGCUGACGAGUAUUUAUAAAACAUAGUUAGAACUAAUAUACUGUCCUUUACAGUUUAUAAUAUUGUAAACACUAUCGUUUUUAAUUUUUCUUUCUUGAGGAACACGUUUUUGUUUGUUAAUUUUAUUUGUUUCAGUUUUCAACUUGGUUAAAUUUUAAUAAUAAAACAACAACAAACAAAAUAAAAAAAACAAAUUUAAAUAUUACUGAAUAGAAACGAAAAUUAACUAAUAAUUAAUUAAUUAUAUAUAUAUAGAGAAGACAAAAUAAUAACACGAUAUAUAGUAUGUACAUAAAAAAGAAUAACAAACUAAAACAAAACAAAUAAUUGAAGGUAAUAAUUACGAAAAAACCUUUAGAUUGAUAUUUUAAUUAAUUAUUUUUAAGAUACCAAACAA